AGACUGCUUCUUAAGACAAACAUGCAUCUUGCCUUUUGGCUACUGGGAUUACUAAUAUUACUACAAAGCAUCUUGAAUGUAACAUCAGCAGCAAGACCCAAAGUUCACCCAAGGCAAGCUAAGCUCCUGGAAAGCCUGGGUGAGUAUGAGAUAGUGACUCCCACAAGAGUGAAUGAGUUUGGAGAAGUUUUCCCCAACAAUAUGCACUUCAAACGGCAGAAGAGGAGCGUCAGCCCCCAUCCAGAACCUGACCUCUGGGCCAACACUACCACUCAUUUUAACCUCUCCGCCUUUGGACAGAAGUUCUUGUUCAACCUUACUGCCAACUCUGGAUUUAUGGCACCAGUGCUGACUGUCAGCUUCUUUGGCCAGCCUGAGGAGAAUGUGACUCACUACUACGAUCAGGGCACAGACUUUGGGCAUUGCUUCUACACGGGGCAUGUCAAUGCCAGGAGAGAACACGUUGCAGUUAUCAGCCUGUGCUCAGGAAUGCUUGGCACAUUCAGGUCUCAGGACGGGGACUAUUUUGUUGAACCUCUGCUCUUAGUGGAUGGAGAAGAGCGUGAAGAAGAAGAAAACAAGCCACACAUAGUAUACAGACACAUCACACCUCAAAAUGCAUCAAGGGAAAAAAAGACAUGUGACACUAAAGGUCGAAAAUAUAAUCCAGUCAAACACAGGAAUAGGGGAACUCCGCAGACACAAAACGGAAUGUUUUCAGAGGUAGAGAACACAAGAAAGAGGCUAGUACCAAACCAAGAUCCCUCAUAUGAUAAUAGUGACAAGAUCAAUGCAACACAUACCCUCAGAAGAACAAAACGCUUUCUGUCCUACCCUCGGUAUGUUGAAGUGAUGGUAGUUGCUGACAACAAGAUGGUUGAAUUUCACGGUGCUAACCUCCAUCAUUAUGUUUUAACGCUAAUGUCCAUAGUAGCUUCUAUUUAUAAGGACCCAAGCAUUGGAAAUUUGAUAAAUAUUGCUGUAGUAAAGUUAGCCGUUAUCCAUGAUGAACAGGAGGGUCCAUCCAUCUCUUAUAAUGCUCAAACCACUUUAAAAAACUUUUGUAUAUGGCAACAGUCCCAGAAUCACCCGGAUGACAACCAUCAUUCGCAUCAUGAUACCGCGGUGCUUAUUACAAGACAGGAUAUAUGCAGAGCUCAGGAGAAGUGUGAUACAUUAGGCUUGGCUGAACUCGGCACAGUGUGUGACCAGUACAGAAGUUGUUCGAUCAGUGAAGACAACGGACUGAGCACGGCGUUUACGAUAGCACAUGAGCUUGGACAUGUAUUCAAUAUACCACAUGAUGACAGUAAUAAAUGUAAAGAAGAGAAUGGGAAAAACCAGCAAUAUGUUAUGGCCCCGACUCUAAAUUAUAACACUCAUCCCUGGAGGUGGUCGAAAUGCAGCAGGAAGUAUAUUACACAGUUUCUAGAUACAGGAUAUGGUGAAUGUUUACUUGACGAACCUGUAUCCCGAUCAUAUUCCUUGCCCCAGCAACUGCCUGGUGUGAUGUACAAUGUGAAUAAGCAGUGUGAGCUGAUAUUUGGCCCAGGAUCGCAGAUGUGCCCAUAUAUGCAGAUGCAGUGUCGGAGACUGUGGUGCAUUAACAUGGAGGGGCCCCACAAGGGCUGCCGAACACAACACACCCCGUGGGCGGAUGGGACGGAAUGUGAGCGCGGAAAGUACUGCAGGUAUGGCCUGUGUAUUCCGAGGGAACGAGAUGGAUCAGUUAUCGAUGGUUCGUGGGGAUCCUGGAGUCCGUUUGGGCCUUGUUCCAGAUCUUGUAGUGGGGGAAUUAAAACCUCCAUUCGAGAGUGCAACAGGCCAGAGCCAAAAAACGGCGGUAAAUACUGCGUGGGGCGAAGGAUGAAGUUUAAAUCUUGCAACACUGAACCCUGUUCCAAACAGAAGAAAGACUUCAGAGAGGAGCAGUGCGCUGACUUUGAUGGGAAGCAUUUCAAUAUCAACGGUCUACCUCCUAACGUGCGCUGGGUGCCUAAGUACAGUGGAAUUCUAAUGAAGGACCGCUGUAAACUGUUCUGCCGCGUGGCAGGGAGCACAGCCUAUUACCAGCUCAAGGACAGAGUUGUCGAUGGGACGUCAUGCGGGCCGGACACAAAUGACAUCUGCGUGCAAGGAUUGUGUCGGCAAGCUGGUUGCGAUCACGUCCUGAACUCAAAAGCCAGAAGAGAUAAGUGCGGUGUCUGUGGCGGAGACAACUCAUCCUGCAAGACUAUUGCUGGAACGUUUAACAUAGUGCAUUAUGGCUACAAUACUGUGGUUCGUAUUCCAGCUGGCGCUACAAACAUUGAUGUGCGGCAGCACAGCUACUCAGGGAAGCCGGAAGACGACAACUACCUUGCUUUGUCAAACAGUCAUGGGGAAUUCCUUCUGAAUGGCGAGUUUGUGGUCAGUAUGUUCAAAAGGGAAAUCAAAGUGGGGAACACGGUGAUUGAGUACAGCGGGUCAGACCACGCCAUUGAAAGAAUUAAUUGUACGGAUCGGAUUGAGCAAGAAAUUGUACUGCAGAUAUUAUCAGUUGGCAAUUUAUACAACCCCGAUGUCCGAUAUACUUUUAAUAUCCCCAUUGAAGAUAAAGCUCAGCUAUUCUAUUGGAAUCCCUAUGGACCUUGGCAGGCGUGCAGUAAAAUUUGCCAAGGAGAACAGAAACGGAAGCCUGUAUGCACAAGGGACUCUGACCAAUUGGUGGUCUCAGAUCAAAGAUGUGACCGAAUUCCUCAGCCCGAGCUGAUUACUGAGCCAUGUAACACGGACUGUGAAUUAAGGUGGCAUGUGGCCAGAAAGAGUGAGUGCACCCCCCAGUGUGGCCCGGGUAUCCGAAACAUUGAUUUCUUCUGUGAAAAGUAUCUCAAAUCGGAGGGGAAGAUGGAAAAGGUGGACGAGCGGUUUUGUGGUGGUCUACAGAAGCCGAACAGCAAGGAGAAAUGUUACGUGGACUGUAACAUUGUAGGAUGGAGCUACUCAGACUGGUCAGAAUGCUCUAAAAGUUGUGGUACUGGGAUAAGGAGACGCAUCGCUAAGUGUGUGAACUCCUUCCAUGAUACCGUGGAUGAUGCCAAAUGUAGCCAGCAGGAGAAGUUAACGGAACAGCGAUGCGGUGACGUCCUGUGUCCACAGUGGAAGACAGCUGAUUGGUCAGAUUGCCUUGUAACCUGUGGGAAGGGACACAAACAUCGGCAGACAUGGUGCCAGUUUGGAGAAGGCAGAGUGAAUGACAGAUUUUGUGAUCCUCAGACGAAGCCGGUUUCGGUCCAGACUUGUCAACAACAGGAGUGUGCAUCGUGGCAAGUCGGUAUAUGGGGACAGUGUACAGCUGCGUGUGGACCCGGUUAUCAGAUGAGAGCAGUGAAAUGCGUCGUGGGCUCUUACGUUGCUGUGGCAGAUGACAGUGAAUGCAAUGCUGCAACUCGACCCACGGACACCCAGGACUGUGAAGCAGCAGCGUGCCCGGCCGUUCCAGAAACCAAACAGAUUGUCGACAGCAAGACACAGUGGAGAUUUGGAUCUUGGACACCUUGCUCAGCAACUUGUGGAAAAGGGACGAGAAUGAGAUAUGUCAGUUGUCGGGAUGAUCAAGGCUCGGUAGCGGAUGAAUCAACGUGCUUGCACCUGCCAAAGCCCUCCGCCACUGAAGUGUGUACGGUGACCCCCUGUGGACAGUGGAAAGCACUGGAGUGGAGCUCUUGCUCAGUAUCUUGUGGCCAGGGGAAAGCAAUGAGGCAAGUUGUCUGCGUGGAUUUCCUCGGUUUGACCGUGGAUCGGAACGAAUGUGACCCUGAAGACAUUCCACAGACUGACCAGGAAUGCUCCAUGUCCCCUUGUCACUAUGUCAACCAUGACUAUGGAAGAUCCGUUCAUUCUUUUCCCAAUAUAGACCACAAAAUACGGUCAAACCCAGUGCUGACCAUUCUGAACAGGAACAAUGUCCGUUCCUCAGGUUCAGUGGGAAACCAGUGGAGAAUAGGCCCGUGGGGAGCGUGUUCUAGCACAUGUGCCGGCGGUUUCCAGCGCCGCGUGGUGGUAUGCCAAGAUGAAAAUGGAUAUCCAGCAGGUAACUGUGAGGAAAGAAGUAAGCCUGCUGAACAGCGUCCGUGUGAAUCUGGACCAUGCCCCCAGUGGGCUUAUGGAAAUUGGGGGGAGUGUUCAAGAAAAUGCGGUGCUGGAACACGGACAAGACUAGUGGUGUGUCAGAGGCCUAACGGGGAGAGAUUUAAUGACCUCAGCUGUGAAGUGCUCGAUAAACCCCCAGACCGCGAGCAGUGUAACACUCAUCAUUGUCCUUCAGAUUCUGCAUGGAAUACAGGACCUUGGAGUUCGUGCUCUGUAUCUUGUGGACGUGGGUUUAAGACCAGGGUUGCAUACUGUGUGGCAAAAGAUGGAUCCAAUGUAGGACAUGAAAACUGUAAGCACCUUGCAAAGCCAAACAUACAGAAAAAAUGUCGUGGGGGUAGGUGUCCGAAGUGGAAAACAGGAGAGUGGGGAAAGUGCUCAGUAACGUGUGGCAGAGGCGUGCAGCAGAGGACCAUCCACUGCCAAAUUGUUGCACAGAAAGUGUCCAGGGACUCGGAGUGUAAUCAGUCUACGAGACCUGUAUCACAGCAAUUUUGCCAGACAGCGACUUGUCCAGUUUACACUUGGAAAGCAGAAGAAUGGCAAGACUGCAGCAAGACUUGCGAUGAAGGGUUCCGCUACCGCAAAGUGUUCUGCGCCAGUGAAGAUAAAAAGGAAGUUCCGGCCUUGCAUUGCGAUGAGACCGACAGACCCUCCGAUGUAGAUAUCUGCAACGUACAGUCCUGUGAAUACAUCUGGAUAACCGGGGAGUGGUCUCAGUGUUCGGUGACAUGUGGGAUGGGCUACCGGCAGAGGCUUGUGUCAUGCAGUGAAGUGUAUUCGGCAAAGGAACACUAUGAGUAUGGCUACCAAAGUUCAGCAAACUGCCCAGGAACCCAACCCCCCAAUGUACAGAGCUGUUUCCUAGGAGAAUGUCCUGUUCUAGCUUCAUGGAGAGUCGGCAACUGGGGAAAAUGUUCCGUUACAUGUGGAGCUGGGACUAUGCAACGUUCCGUGCAGUGUUUAACCAAUGACGAUAUGCCCAGCAACAUGUGUCCUGUGGAUAUGAAACCAGAGGAGAAGAGGCUGUGCUACAAUCCUUACGAGUGCAAUUUACCACGUAGUUGUCAAGACGUUAAACAACGCAGUGUUGACGAAGACGGCGAGCAGUACAUUAUAGUGGAAGAAAAGAUAAUAAAGGUUUAUUGUUCUGGGAUGCAGUCAGAAAGCCCCAAGGAGUAUGUGACACUCGUAAGCGAUGAGGCUGAGAAUUACUCUGAGGUGUUUGGCUAUAGGUUACAGAAUCCCACUGAGUGCCCGUACAAUGGGAGUCGGAGAGAGGACUGCCCCUGCAGAAGGGACUACACAGCAGCCGGCUUUUCCACCUUCAGUAAAGUGAGGCUGGAUCUGACAACUUUACAGAUUAUAACCACGGAUUUGCAGUUUGCACGUACUCUUGAUGGACGACCUGUCCCGUUUGCUACAGCUGGGGAUUGUUACAGCGCAGCUAAGUGCCCUCAGGGUCGUUUCAGCAUCAACCUGACAGGAACCGGCCUUUCAGUAUCCGAAACAACAAAGUGGAUGUCACAGGGAAAUUAUGCAGUGACUGAAAUAGCAAAAUCACCAGAUGGAACCAAAGUGACAGGAAAGUGUGGUGGUUACUGUGGAAAGUGUAUUCCGUCCUCCGCAACUGGCCUCCGCGUUCAGCUGUUAUAGAACUGGUGCUUUAACAAUAAGAUAUCAGAAGUUCAGAUGGAUCAAGACUUGUGUUGCAAUACCUCUACUAUCAACAAUUGUAAAUGUGUACAUAGACUGUAUACCAAGUGGUGUAUAGUAUAAUA